UAUGCGAUGGCGCUGUGCAGGCGAGUCUCUUCUGCCAACUUAUGGGACUUUUGAGACUUUGUUUAAAGUGCGUUUACUUCCAUGAAGUCUUUGGAAACUUUGGGAUGCCGGGGUUGGUGUGCUUAUUAUCAUGAGUUGGACCUAGGAAGACUUUCUGCUCUGUUAUCGGAUGUGUCGGUACGUUUUGGAGCCCAUGAACUAACUAGUAGUUGUAAACUUUGUAGAGUGAGCUAGCCAAUGCUACUUCUAGCGCUACGUGCUAGCUUACUCUAUUGAACAAACCCUAGCUAUGAAGUCCUAAACUAGAAACUAAGGCGUUUCCUUGAAGUACACGUUUUACAUGACCUAAAGACUUUGUUGUUUACUUGGUUUGUUGAAGUAGUUCGAGCGGAGGUAGGCGACAGUACACCUGUAACCUCGUUGCUGGAAGCUAGGGUAGCUAACUUGGCUCGAGUUGGUUCGUCCCUGCCCAGCAGUGGCCUGUUCAAACGGGCCAGUCUGUCUUCAGCUGAAAAAGUUAACUAUAGCUGCUCGUGGUCGCUGGAUACGUUAUCUUUAUGUAACUGAACAAAUGGUACUUAAUCAGGCUUUAAAGAGUGGCAAUUUGUGAGAUAACGUUAUCCUACUAAUGCCAAUGUUUCUUGAGAUUGCAGACACAUCGAAAGAGUGGUUAGCUGUUUUACGUGAAAAGAAAACAGUGCGUAACCUCAAACAAAUCGAACUUAGGGCCUUUUCUUUCUCUUAGGGUUAAGAAGUAAACUUAUCCAGGCACCUAACCUAUGAAGAACCUACUAGUUCUCGCAAUAGCUAUUGCAUGCAUCAAGGUAAUACAAUCCCUGUUCUUGUUUUAUAUCUGCUCUGACCUCAGCGCACCUUAUGGUGCUGCUGCAGGCACUGAGACAUGGAUGUUCCCCAGGCCGUUUUCCCAAACGGUGAGGGGCGCCUAGGAGACUAUUCGUGGACGGAAACUUCCCCUGCAAAGGCUUGGGCUCAUUCUGCCCCUGUGUGCUCACGUUCACUCUGGACUGCAGCAUAUGACUAUGAGGCAACCGGGGAGGACGAGCUCAGCCUCCGUCGUGGAGAUGUUGUGGAGGUGCUGUCUAAAGAUGCAGCGAUUUCGGGAGAUGAAGGUUGGUGGACAGGCAAAAUUAACCAUCGAGUCGGCAUCUUUCCCUCAAACUAUGUCACUUACCAACCAACUAUUUAUAGACUUCCUGGUGGUGGCACAGUGGGGGUACGGGAGACAGUUCCUUCUUCUCCUGUGCAAAUAGCCUUUAGUGAACUUUUUUUGGAAGAAAUUAUCGGUGUCGGUGGUUUUGGCAAAGUUUACCGGGGAACUUGGAAAGAACAGGAGGUUGCAGUGAAGGCUGCUCGCCAGGACCCCGAUGAAGACAUCACUGCUACUGCGGAAAGUGUUAAGCAAGAAGCCAAACUUUUUUCCAUGCUGCAGCACCCUAACAUAAUAAAACUGGAGGGUGUAUGUUUAGAGGAGCCGAACCUGUGCUUGGUUAUGGAAUAUGCGCAAGGAGGGACCCUUAAUCGUGCCUUGACAGGCAGGAGGAUACCUCCUCAUAUUCUUGUGAAUUGGGCUGUCCAAAUUGCCAGAGGCAUGCUGUAUCUCCACGAAGAGGCGGUUGUGCCCAUUAUUCACAGAGAUCUGAAGUCCAGUAACAUUUUGAUACUUGAAAAAAUUGAAAACAAUGACAUCGGUAGGAAGACACUGAAGAUCACUGACUUUGGCCUGGCCAGGGAGUGGCACAAGACCACCAAAAUGAGUGCUGCUGGCACGUACUCCUGGAUGGCUCCUGAGGUCAUCAAGUCCUCCCUGUUCUCAAAAGGCAGUGAUGUUUGGAGUUAUGGGGUCCUUCUCUGGGAGCUGCUGACAGGAGAGGUUCCGUACAGAGGCAUCGAUGGGCUGGCUGUGGCCUAUGGAGUGGCUGUCAACAAGUUAACCCUUCCUGUCCCUUCCACCUGCCCUGAGCCUUUUGCCAAGCUCAUGGAGGAGUGCUGGGAGCAGGAUCCCCACAUCCGGCCAACGUUCGCCACCAUCCUGGAGCAGCUGACGGCCAUCGAGGAGGCAGUGAUGGCCACCAUGCCUCAGGACUCCUUCCACUCAAUGCAGGAGGACUGGAGGCUGGAGAUACAGGAGAUGUUUGAUGAACUGCGAACUAAAGAGAAGGAGCUAUGCUCACGUGAGGAGGAACUGACGCGUGCUGCGCUCCAGCAGAAGUCCCACGAGGAGCUCCUGAAGCGCAGGGAGCAGCAGCUAGCCGAGAGGGAGAUCAACGUGCUGGAGCGGGAGCUCAACAUCCUCAUCCUCCAGCUCAACAAGGACAAGCCCAAUGUGAAGAAGCGCAAGGGCAAGUUCAAGCGCAGCCGCCUCAAGCUGAAGGAUGGCAACCGCAUCAGUCUGCCCUCCGAUUUUCAGCAUAAAAUCACAGUGCAGGCCUCACCUUCCCUGGAGAAGAGGAGGAGUCUGAACAGCAGCAGUUCCAGCCCCCCGAGUAGCCCCACCCUCAUCCCCCGGCUCCGCGCUAUCCAGCUCACUCUGGAUGAGAGCAACAGGACGUGGGGCAGGAGCACCAAUUACAAACCGGAGGAGUUCGAGGAUGCGAAGAAGGGCAUAAAGAAGAAGGUUCGCACGUGGGGGCCCAGCUCCAUUCAGACGAAGGAGAGAGGAAACGGCACUGAAAGAGUUCGACCACUCUCUGAUGGAAGCAAUCCAUGGUCUACUAGUCUGAUGAAGCCCCAGAAGCCGGUUCCACUUGCUGCGUUGUUUACAGAGCAGGGGAUGGGUAAAGAUGACACGAGCUCUACCGACGGAUCAGACAAUAAACCAAAGCAGCUCAAGUUCCCUAAUCAGGUUUAUAUUGAUCUACCUCUCUGGAAGGAUGAGCAGACAGAGGAGCUGGGGGGAGUUGCGGGGGGCGGAGUGGGAGGGGCCGAGAGCCAGGAGGACCCCACCACCUCCACCAGCUCUACGAGCACCACACCGCAGCACACGCCAACCAACAGUCUGAAGCGGGCGGGCAGGCACUGCCGCGUGGACUCCAUGCUGUGCGCCUGUGCGUCCAUGCUGGCGGCGGUGGCGCUGGGCGCGGACCUGCGCGAGUUCCACCGGCCAGCGCCCUGCGAUGAGCCUGAGCCACGGGAGGAGAAGAAGAGGCGCGAGGGGCUCUUCCAGAGGGCGGCCCGCUUCCGCCGCAGUACCAGCCCCCCAGGCAGCCGCUCUCGGAAAGACGACGCCUCGCCCGGGCCUGUCAACCUGCUGGCCAUGUCCUCCAUCUUGGAGUGCAACUCCACCAAGUGCCUCAUCCAGUCGGACUCGGAGGGCCCCAAGCACAGUCCUGUGCAGGAGUCGCCAUCUGACACCUCGGGGUUCUAUCACGUCGGCCAAGCAGCAGUUCCGGGCACGAGGGGCAGGACCCCGGGCCGGGCAGAAGCUCCGUGGCUGUCCCUGGCAUCAGACCAUGGCACUGCAUCUGGCUUUCGCCUCCAGAGGAAGAAAUCCAGCCCUGCCGCCUGUCAGAGCUCUAGCACCAGCUGUGUUGCUGAAACCCCCACCAUCUCAUCCUCGCAGAGGAAGAAGCCUGAGAGAGGGACCAACCAGGACAAGCAGACCCCGCUGGAAUCAGUGUCCAGGCCCAGACCCCUGUCCCUCCGAGGCAAACCUCACUCCUGGGGCCUUCUGAGGGGCCGGAACAAGAGCUACUCCCUUGGGCACCACUCGGGCGAGAAGAGCGCCCAGGACCUGGGGAUUGUGCUCCCUCCAGAGGUCAAAGUGGGCUGCUCCCUGCUGGAUGUGGACACAGAGGGACAGAAGCGGGACUGCACCGUGCCCCUCUGCCGAAUUCAGAGCACUCCAAGUCGCCCCUCUGUAUUCGAACUGGAAAAGGAGUUUUUGUCCUGAAAUAAGCUGCCUCUCCUUCUGGAGCAAGACCCAUCUUUCCACUUGAAUCCAGUGAUCUAUCAGAAACAAUAAAUCCUUGUUUCAGGAUUUACUUCACACUGUGGCUCUUAUGCCUAAUGUUAAGAUAUUGCUGCUGGAGUUAUCAUGUUGUACCAUUUUAUUUAUAUUCAGUGUAUUUUGAUAAGUAAUUUAAAAUGAAAGGACACAAACAGAAUGAGUAACAUUCCAUUUUACUGAAAAGUUGCCAGUGUGUAGCCUGUUUGUUUAUACCCUACCACUUGAUUUGUGCACAGUCCGUAUCAAGGAGCAAGAUCUCUACGGAUGAUGGAAACUACUGCUUUUAAAGAUUUAAUAGGUAUUACUAUUAAUUUUUGGUCGUUGUUGUAUUAGAUGCCUAAUCGAGUCCCGUGUUCUUUAUCUGGAGAGUGCUGGAGAUCGGUGUUCAUUUUAGACAUAAAGAGAAGUGUUUUAUCCUGCUGUUCGCAGUUUGCCCCUACCUCUUCUACUCGAAUCAACUCCACUGACUUUAUUCCUCUUUCACCGAUGCUCGUCUGUGCACUGGACGUAGAGGGACAUUUGAUGUGUGCUGUAGGUGCAGGCAGGGCUCCACGUUCACUCCAGAGGACCAAUGCAUAGCAAAUCAUAAAUGGCAAUGGAAAAUACAUUAGUUCCCAGAGGAAGUUGUAUAGGUCAUGUGACCAAAGUGUCAAUGACUUCCCCUGUUCUGACUGGUCAUUUUUCUGGUUGUCUUUAAUGAAACUGCCAGCAGUUGGCUGCUUGUGGCAGUUGUACUACCAACAGGUAAUCUGCAAUUAAUGAAAGCUCUUUUAGUGUUCUCUGUGCAACCCUGAUCUGAUGAAAUUAGCAUAAUCACUACGGUCAGUAUUACAUUAAUCAACACUACUCUUUUAGAUGUUUGCUGGACAUGGUGUUACUGCCAUUUCCGAGUUUGCCCUAUAAUAAUGCUUUGCUAUUGAUUCCAUGUGAAUUUUUCUUCAUUGUGUCUCAGAAAAUGGUAGAAUUGUCAGGUAUUUGGGCAGUGUUUGUGCCCCAUACACGCGCUCUCUCUCUCUCACACACACACUCACGCACAGAUAUAUUUUGGUGCACUUCAGAUGUGCCUGUUUAAAAUGAUAGUUUACAUCUCCACGUAAACUGAUAGUUAUUUCCAAACACGUUUUGUGAUAUCUAGCUUUCUCAAUAUUCUGUCUUAAUGGCUUACGUAGUAGAAAUCAUAGCAAAGGAACAGUUGUUUGUUAAAUGUUACCCACAGUGCGGAUAGUCAGCUAAUGAAAUCACUCCCCUUUACUUAAACAUUUGCUGAUAUUAGACUGCAGAUGUGUCAUAGCUGAUGUCAUUCGAUAUGCCUAAAUAACUGAAUCUAGAAAAAGAUAUUACAUGUUCUGUUAAGAAAGGCAUUUUUGUUCUGAUCCACUAAAAUAUAAUUGAAAUCUCCAACAUAUGAUUCUAGGGCAUUUUGCCUAAAAGGGGUGUAAUGUAUUUAUGGGAGUAUCUGUGGUAACAGGACAUCCUAUGCCAAUAGUCCUUGGGUUUUAAUUGUCAACUGCGAAUAAUGUAAUCCAACAUAGAAUAAUAACCAAUGUUUUGUGCCAAUUUAUUUUGAAUACUGGACCAUAGUAUUUUAUUGAAUGGCCUGAUCUGACUUUAACGAGCUAAUGCCUUCAACCAGUUGACACAAGAUUUGCCUGUUGUUGCUAAGCAUUAAUCUUGAAAAAGGAUUCAGGUGUCUUUCAGUCUGGUGCUAAACUAACUCAACAUCAGAAUGAUUUUUUUUUUCUUCCCCUUUUCUUUUUUUCCUUCUUCUUGACACUCAUUCCAUAAUUACGGUUUGCUUGCAGACUGUUCUGUUGUUAGCUUGAAAAUUGCAUUAAGUUGCUUCCUUAGCUUCUCUGAAGCUGACGAAAGGUCAUAAAACUGCAUGACUGGUGCAUAGAAUUGCUGAUGCUUUUAACAAGGAUUCGGCUCAAAUCUCUGUGGGAUCAGUACUUCAAUGGAAGUUUACUGCCUAGGAAUUGUCUGUGGCCUGGAAAUCAUUUCCGUAAUAUUGCAGUUUUCUCCCUUGCAUUUCCUAUAAUGCUAAAGUGCUUCCACAGCCUUCCGAUUCAAAUGGAGUUUAUUAUUUAUUACUUCCUUUAUGCCUGUGGGUGGACAUCAAGUAGUUGGAUCAAAAAAGGAACUGAGAGGAGGUAGGUUGUUAUAAAUCCAUGAAGUCCCACACACAAACUGUUACUUUAGAAAAUGUUCAGAGCUUUGGACAUUCAGCCAUUAACACUAGUUUGUUGAACAGACUUGGUGAGACUCGAUCUGCUUAGGAGUGCUGUUCACUCCCAGAGCCUGAUGCACAUUGACUAGGAACAAGAGAAUGUUCACCUCAGUCAAAUUCCAAUAGAACGUCAGGCUAAAGAAAAAUCUAUACUGACACUUUAAUAAGACGCAGAAAAUUAUUUAAAUCUGACAUUCCCUCCUGCUUACAGAGGAUUAUUGUUCGGGAAAGGUUGAUCAUGUUAACACCCCUGCAUAACUGCACAUUUAAUGUGGUGAUCUCUUAUGUAGCACUGUUUUUGAUGUAAUGAUGUGAUUUUGUUUUUAAUCAUUUAAUGACUUUACAAAUGUAUGUUUUAUGUGAAAUCAAUGUUUUGAUUAUUUGAAGGUGGUGUUUAGACAGGACCGGCCUUGAGCUCAUUAAGCCUGGAACUGCAGUUGCACAUUUAAUUACAAGAGAACAAAAGACUGGAAAUUGGAAGCUAUGUGUCGUGGCAUACAGUGAUUUGUUGUGAUUUUUGUUUUUAUUUUAUAUUACUAAAAUGAAGUAACCAUACAGAAGUCCGUGUGGAAAGAGUGGUAGAUUCUAUUCUCUGAGCACAGUGAUUUACUUUCUAGAUCUACAUCUACACCUGUUUCAUCUGGGUACACACUAUUUGAAAAGACACUGAAAUACAUAAAUUAAAUUCACUGGUAUUAGUGACCAAAUGUAAGACUUUUUUUUUUUUUUUUUUUUGCCUUAAAUUUUCACCAAAGUUUAAGAUGCCCUUUCAAAUUUAGGAAGCAUAUUUGAAAAAAGAAAAUAUAAAAUUAUGUAGUACACACAUACUGUAUUUUUAAUUUUUGGGAAAGUAUUUUUCGGUGUCCCUUUGACCCAUAUGAAGAGUCAGUGGGAAAUUCUGUGGUGGUUUGCUGGUGCUAUCUACCCCAGAAUCAUUAUCAUUAAUACAUUACUGUUAUACUGUAAAUGAGUGACCAAUAAAUGCUUUAUUCCUCA